UUUUCAUGGCUCCGAGAGCCGAUUCCCCGCGGCUCGUGCUCUUGUUCAGCGGCAAGAGGAAGUCCGGGAAGGACUUCGUGACGGAUGAGUUGCGGAGCAGGCUGGGGACAGACGUGUGUGCUGUGCUUCGGCUCUCUGGACCCCUCAAGGAACAGUAUGCUAAGGAGCAUGGGCUGGACUUCCAGAGACUCCUUGAUGCCAGCAGCUACAAAGAGUCCUUUCGGCAAGACAUGAUCCGUUGGGGAGAGGAGAAGAGGAAGGCGGACCCAGGCUUCUUCUGCAGGAAGAUUGUGGAGGGGGUCCCCCAGCCUGUCUGGCUGGUGAGCGAUACUCGGCGGGAGUCGGAUAUCCAUUGGUUCCAGGCCUCCUUUGGCGAUGUGACCCAGCUGGUCCGGGUGGUGGCAUCGGAGGAAAGCCGGCGACAGCGGGGCUGGGUGUUCACAGCAGGGGUGGAUGAUGCUGAAUCAGAAUGCGGCCUGGACCACAUUGGAGCAUUUGACUGGAUCAUCGAGAACCACGGUGAAGACCAAAAGCUGGAGCAGCAGCUAGGGAAGUUGGUGGACUUUAUCCAUAGUAAACUGCAGCCCUCAGUGUGCGAGGAUGGGGCUGGGGGUAACUGA